GCUUUGCCGCCGGCUGCACUCUUCCUUUGCUUGUUUGUCCAGAUCUGCUCGGUGGUCCCCUCGGAGACUCUUCUUGCUUCACAGGUAGCUGUUGACUGUUAUUUUCAUUUUAUUUGCAAAGAUUUACUUUGCUUGUGCCCCAUGGACCCUACCGGAUAUCUUCCUUGUCUUUGUGAUUGCCGGCUAACUCCUUCUUGUUUGUUUUUUUUUUUUAUGUGCAAAUCCGCCUGGCUUGUGUUCGGUGGACCAGUACCGAGCAACCUUUCCUUGCCAAAAUUAUUUUCAUGGCUCAUGACCGAGAAGAACAAUCCAUGCCAACCGGAUCUGCUUCCAUGGCCGGUUCAAAGGCCACUCCUUGCUUGAGGUCACCUCCCCCAGAUUUAACUAAAAUCUUUCAAAACCGUAACCUUCAAGAUGAUAUAAACAGGGUACUCCAAAAACAGAAACCAUGCCAUUCAAGCCAAACUUUUGUUCCUCACAGAAAAUCUCAGAUUUUGGGCCCUUAUUUUGUGUCUAACCCACCGGCUGCCCUUGCAUCCAUUUAUCCACAACCCAAAGAACAUCUGCUCCCCUUUCAAGUAAAACCUGAUUGGAGUAAGUGGGUUGGUUCUUUUGGAGCUUGGCCGGCUUGGAGAAAAUCAGAAUGGGUAGAGUGGAUUGAUCGUCUAGAACCUGAUUUUGGCCAAAUUUGGAGAGAUGUGGGUCUGUUUGAGUUUAUACAACUCACCAAAUGCAGGUUCACCAUGGACAAGAUGGCCUUGGGUGCAGCUUUGUUAUUUUGGUCUGGCUCUUUCAAUUGUUUUCAUUUUCCCUGUGGAGCCAUGUCUGUGAGCCUUUUUGAUGUCAGCUCACUAACCGGAUUGCCCUGUACUGGAGAAGAGAUUUCAGCAUUGUUAACCGUACCUCCCGGUGUUGAGUACAAUGUGGAGUUGAAACCCUCUUAUCCAGCCUUCGUGAAGUCUGCCUAUGACAAAAGUCCCACCAAAGAGUUUAUUCCUUUAGCUGUUGCUUUAGCAUAUGGUAAACAAAUGGCUCUGGUUGUGGUUAUAUUCUUAUUUCCCAACCCUCGCUCCUGUCUCAUCCGCUGUUCCAGCUCGGGAUCUACUUACUUCCGGCUUCCUAUUCAAAAAUGCCGUGGAAAACAAGAAAAGCUUUGAAGAAUGCUUCAAGUUUUUUGCUUCUCUUUCUAUUGAUCGUCCCGAUGCAGACUUUGCUGUGUUCCUUGGCAGAUCUCACGGUCCUUCAUGGUACAGGGCCGAUUUCACAUCCCCAGAUUUCAGAGCGUUUUGGUCUGUUUGUGUGACCUCUCGGGAUUUGUUUGUUGGCUGUAGUUUGAACACUC